AUGUUCGCUGGACUUAUUGGCUUGGAGUGCCACAGUAGCUCGCUCCUUCACCGCAGCGAAGUCAAAGAAGGUGGCAGGGCAUGUGGGUCAAUUGGCAGCAGUGGUCGGAAAAGGCAUAAGCGACCUGGAUACAUGCGGGGAGAGAGGAGCGGCAGCCAUGAUGAAGAGGAGGAGGAAGAGGAGGAAGGGACAGGGGGAGUGACCGGAGCAGAUUUGCCCGAUAUCGAUGCUCGUUCAGUGGAUACAGAGAUCACGUCGUCCCUGUCUGUGGAUUCGGACACGGCCUCGGCUUCAUCGGUCACCUCUGGGUACGAGAGCGCCACUCCCAACUCCGCAGAGCAGGGCUGGGGGAAUCAGCUGAAGAAAUUUGACAGAGUUCUGCAAGAGUGUCUGCAAAACAACCGCACACACGCCAAGAUCGAGUCCAUGAUGUUGAAGCUCCAGCGGCUGCAGCACAAAGCUGUUCUGGACGAUGACUACGAUGCAGCGGAGCGGUUUGGGAAGAAGCUGGAGGAGUUGCACCGGGAGAGGAGCGCCCUGAGGCUGGGGUUACCGUCUCGCCAGCCCCCUGUGGCUCAGCUCCUGCAGCGCCUCAGUUUGGUGGUGAACAGCGCCCUCCAGCGGACAGACUCUGCAGCACAACACAGGGAGGACACAGAUGCAGCAGAGAACAGUGAGGAUCAUGUGCAUCGCAGAGAUCGGCUCAUCCAAGAGAAACGACUGGUGGAGACGGAGAUGGCGGAGCUUCAGCAGAGGAUGAUGCAGCUGGAGCAGAGGAGGCGUCGUCUGGAGGAGCAGAUCCAGGACAGCGGCUCAGAGGACCUAGACACCUCAGUGCUGAACACAUACAGCCUCUCCCAGCUCCAGGAUCUCAGACAGACCCUCCUGGACCUGCACUCCUCCCAGGACCACGGCCCGAUGUCGGUGUCCCCUCCUCCCUCACUGCUCCGACUCCAGGAGCAAGAACAGGCCCUGAAUCUGUCCAUCAAAGAAGCUACAGCCAAAUUGGUGAUGAGUCAGCGGUUGGGCAGCAGUCUGCGCAGAAAAGUCAGUGACUCAGAAACUCAGCUCCUGACGCUGCACGAAGCCAAACUGGCCGCAAUCUCAGGUAAUGACUUCGGCAGUGCCAAAGAGCUGAGAGCGGAGAUGAGGGCCGUGACUCUGGAGCGUGAGCGACUGGAGGUUCUGAGCCGCAGGCUGCAGACGCUGAGCUGCAGCAGCAGAGAGGAGCUGACCCGCCUGAAGACCCAGAGAGGAGAACUGAGGGAGGAGCGCGAGAGGAGCCAGGCCCAACACGAAAUCAGAUUGAAGGAUAAUGCCACAAAAUACAUGGAGCUGCUGGAAGACAGACUGCAAAGUUUCAGCUCUCUUGGGCUGGAGCGGAUUUGGGAGGCAGAUCUCGAAGCGUGUCAGCUGUUUCUACGAGGUCUUCAACUUCGAACUCCCAGCGUCAGUGAAUCGGACAAUAACCUCACUCCUGAUCCAGCAAAUCCAACUCCGUCCAGCACCAAAGAGAACGACGAUGAGGAGAAAGAUGAAGAGGACUGCGCUAUGCUUACGGCCUUAGGGGGGCGCUGGUGUCCCGAAGCCAACCUGCAGAACUCAGAGUUCACCAAGAAACUGGAGGAGUUUUUGUUUUGUGUGGAGGACAAUGCCCCCGAGGAAAGAUGCAGCGAUGCGGGUGGAGCUGACCUGACGGAGCAGUGUGAACUCAUCAGUAUCCGGCUCAUGACUUUGGAAGAGGAGCUGCAAAAGGCCAUUCACAACCGGGACCCGGCUCUGACUCAGUCGCUGGAGAAGGAGGUUCAGAACGUGAAAUCCUCCCUACAAUCGAUGCUAGCACAGCUCCAAAGAGACGAAGAGGAGGACGAGGAGGAAAUAAAUGAGUUGGAGGAUGAUGACCUUAUGGAAGACGGGCUGGAUGAAGAGGAGGACCAGUACUUUAGUGACAGCUGGGACAUUUGA